GAUCUCAAGAGUACAAACCAACUCUUCCCGGACGUUCUAUUGUCUAGCCGGUCCCCAGCCUGUGCCGGCACACUCAGGGAUCGGGCGGUUGACCCUUGCUAUCAUAGUGUAAACAAUCCCCGCAGUUAUGUGGGCUCCUCCCUUUGACUCAGGGCUUGAUUUCAGUCUUUAUGUAAGGACGAUUACGUUUUAAAAUCCGCCCAGAGUGCGUGUGUCAUACGGAAUGCAGGUGCAUCACGCCCAGUAUAGGCGAGUCUUCAGAGAGCGUCGUGGACAUUUGGUUGCAUCCCCCACUGACGUUGACAACGUACGUUCGUACUCUUCAAGGACGUAGAUAGCGGCGUAGUUGACGUACCAUUCAUGAUAUGAACUCAUUUUGGGGAAAAAAGAGAAUGGCAAAAACAUUCAGUCGAAGAAUGAAAUCAUUGGAUACUUGGAAGAUGGACCAAGAAGGAUAGCCAAGAUCGGGUCUAAAACGGAUAAACCCUAAAUAAAACGACGGACGCUGACUUCCCUGGCAUCGUUACUUACUUAGUGAACACACACAGACCGCAGCAGUCUGUUUCAGGAAUAAAGAAAACAAAAAACGCAAACCGCAGUCAUGAAUCUUUUUCGCAAAAAGAAAAUCACUAUCAGUGAGCGGGAGCCCUCAUAUAAAGUACGUUACCUUGGAAACGUACAGACUAGUAUGACUAAAGGAGAGGGGUGCGUGGACAAGCCGGUGUCUCUCCUGUGGAAUAACUAUCUGACACGGCCCGUACCUGCUAUGGAGAUGGACUUCUCCAUCAGCGCAUCCGGUUUGAAAGUAUACACUAGGGAACAGGGGAUGACGGAAUAUUCCGCACACCGGAUUUUAUACUGUGUAGCCCACCCUGAGUAUCCAAGGUUAUUUGCGUGGGUUUAUAGACACGAGGGGAAGAAAAUGAAAGUGGAAUUACGUUGCCACGCUGUGUUGUGUUCCAGCAAGCACAAAGCCGAGCAAAUUGAGACUCAGUUAAAAGCGAAAUUAAAAGAGGCACUCACGGAGUUUAUGAGGGAGAAAACCAGACGGCAGAACUCUCGCCUGGCAAGAUCCCAGUCUUUGGGAUCUGCGGGACAGCCACAGGUGCCCCUACGGAAAAAACUCCUCAGUCCCGGACAGAAUUUUAAGCCACCGAUCGAAAGGUCACUUAGCGCGCCAAAACUGAUCGCAAUUUGUGAGGACGGGGAGUCGGAGCAUAUUGAGUCCAACGCGAAAUUUGGAGCCUCUAUGUGUAUCGUUGAGGAGGAGGAGGAAGAAGAAGAAGAGGAAGAGGAAGAUAUUAUGGAUAGAUCAAUGGAAUGUUCGGAAUCUAGCGCGGAAGCAGACGACUUAAGCGCAAUAAAUUUCGUAACGGCAUUGGAGGACUUGGAGGAGCUAAGUUUCGAGGACUCAGACGCUGUUGAGGUCAUCAACAACCAUAAGUAUUUAAAUGGUGACGAUUUAUCCGAUCAUAUAGUUGACCUUGACCUUGAGGAUUCAGACGAUCCAUUAUUUGCUGACAGGGGUUGCAAGGAUAGCCAACUCGCGCCAAGUGAUAGUGACGGCGCCAGUUCCGAGUCGGGGUUUUCCGAGCAAAAUGACUCGCAGAAACAAGAACAUGGCGGACAUCAUUCUUUGACCAAUGGUUUCCUAAAGACAGAUACGUUACAGAGCAUAUCUGAAAAUUCUCAAAGUGACUCCACCUCCACCUUGUCAGGGCAUACGGAGAGGUUGUGAAAUGAACGGUUUAGAAUCUAGCUUCGAAUCUAUUAAAUCGCUCAAACGUAUAUUUUUUUCUACUUUUACAAAGCGUGCAUGGGACAUAUCAAUCUGGUACCUCGUUCAGUUAUUUAAAAAUGUGCAAACGAUUUCGAAAAGAUGAUGUCUGCCAAAGUCUGCGCCUGGAUGUAAACACCGAAUUGUGGAUGGAUAACCGUGCUUUAUCCCUUCAUGAUACCGCCAUGCGUUCAAACAGACGGCGCCAUGCAAUGUAAAGAAAAACGGAACGAUGACGCUUAUAACCAUUGAAUUUGUCCCCAGAAACAAUAACUUUUUGCCGUUUUGAAUAUCGCGUUGUGCAAAGUUAGUCUGGGACAUUGUUAAGAGUCAAAUUCAGUAUCCAAGACUAUAAGGCUCAAAAAUUGACUGACUUGAUGUCGUCCUUACAAUGUGUUCAGCGGAGAAUGUCCUUUUUAUGGAUAACAAGUAUUAAGAUUAUUGUUGCGCUAGAUUUAAUAUCCUGCUAAGGCUCAUUAUGGAUGAUGAAAUAAUUUAUUUCAGUCGGAGUUGUUAAGUUAUUAAUUGUUUCACCCGCACAGGCAUGCAGACCAUAGCCGUGAGAGCACCUUGCAAUGAUCAUAAUAUGUACCUGGCCUUCAAAUAAGGUCUGUCCUUCCGUGAAAUAUUAACACUUCUGUUAUUAUCCAAGUCAUAAAAAACUGAUGGUGUUUUCUGAAAGUGCUUGGGAGGACUUGACUAUGUGACCAAUAAAUGCACCGAAUUUCGGAUUUUCUUGCAUUAAGAUGUUCAGAAGUCCUCGGCGGCGCAAAUCUAAAUUUUAAAUGCUCAUCAUAUAGUAACUGAACAAGAAUCAAAGUUCUUCGAAGCAACUUUAGUCCAUUUAUGCAAUAUCCAGUAAUCUUAUAUUUAGUCUGUGUGAAGUGGCUGAGACAAUGCUCCGUGCAUAGUCAUGGUAAAAGUCAGUCUUCUCAGGAUGGGGAGACUAAUGGUCAAUAUAUAUUGCAAUACGAAAUCUUUGUAUCUUUGUAUAGAAUGUAGUUAGCUAAUAUAAUAAUAUUAAUCCUGCUGUGCAGACAUGUUUAUAUAUAAUAUGCCAUUAUGGUGAUAUAGUUUUCAUUUAUUGUCAGUUGCCUUUCUUCCAAUACUCCCUUUAUUCGCGUCUUAUUCUUAUUAUAUGAUGUGGUUAUUUCUUUGUGGACUAUUUUAGCCUUUGACGUAAUAACGUGAUUAUUAUUUUCUCCUUGCGGUUUUUAUGUGUCCCAGAGGUUUUAAAGGAUAGCAAGAAAGCUUAUUUAGUUGCAGUUGUAUGUAUUAAUCUUUUAGUCUUUGUAACUACUGAUCAUUUUGAAAUCACUUUUGGUCACUUUAAAAAUAAGGUGUAAUCCGACUUGACAUUUUGUCGCAAUGCACCGAAAUGGGCAUACCGUCUCUGGAUAAAGCUCCCAAAUUUUGACCCAUUUAAUUUUAUGAAACUUUUGUAGAUAUGUUGUUUAUUUUGUAUCUUCUAGCAUAUCCAUCUUUUGUAUAUUUUUGUUUAGGGCAACGUUUGACAUUAGUGGGUAAACGUGCACUUAUAAAUUCAU